GCGCGCGCCUGGUUCCGUCUCUGGUCGUCUUGCGUUCCCUGCCUCCCCCUCUCUCCCCUGUUUCAAGGGACCUCACUCCCUUCUUCCAACAAGCUCGUUUUCCUCUCCGUAUGUUUCCCAUGCAAGAAGCUCAGAUUCCGAGAUUUUUGGGCUUGUUCUUCCCACCUUGGAUCGCUGGAUCUCCGAUCGGAGCACCAUCGGCGUAGAGAUCGUGCGAGGUUCUGCUCGGGCUUAGGGUUUCUUCGAUGGAGGAGAUCGUCCGCUUCAAGCUGAACGACAUGAAUCCAAACAAGAUGGAUGCCGUCAAUCCGUCUAAGGACCUGGCUCCUUUCACCUACACCAGAGGCGAAACCGGCGCUUUCCUCUUCGACGAAGACGAGCUUCGAGAGAUGGAGGACGAGGAAACCGAUGAGAUGAGCACCGAUGAAAGGGGUCUCGCCGAGGCCAUCUGGAACGACGACGGUGUUGAGUUCGUCUUUCUGGCCAAGACCAUCUUUGACAAGGCCUUGACUAAAGCCGAUCCGAACGACGACAACGCCAGAGAUGAAGAAACCCUGAACCCUAGCUAUGCUGCCAGACUCCUUCAUCUGGCUUGCAAGCUCGACUCGGUGGAAUGCGCUCGAGUCCUCAUCGAAGGGGACACCGGAACGGCUGUCAAUAUCAACGAAAUGGAUGGAUUCGGGCGGACUCCCCUCCAGAACGCGGCGGAGAUGCACUCUGCCAAGUGCAUCGAGCUGCUCCUCCGACAGAACGCGAGGACGGAUCUCAGAUCCAAGGACGGGAGCUCCUGUCUCGCCCUCGAGAUCGCCUUGUCCAGCAAAAGGAUGCAGGUCGAUUGGUCCCCGUGCGAUUCAGUCGAAGAGCUGCUGACUCUUCUGAGAGAAAGGGAUUUCACAGCCAUCAGGUUGCUGGCUGAGAGAACUAGGGAAGUUGCUGAAAUAGCGUAUGCGAAUGCCAUGGCGGGACGAGUCACGGCGCUGGCGGUGCUGCUUCUUGUUGCCGCGGAUAAAUUUACCGCGCCGGUGACGGUACGCGGGGAAGGUGGUUUUAGCGGGAGGAGCUAUAGGACGGUCUACGAUUCGGUGUUAGGAGAGGCUUUAACGCUGGGGGAGACGACGAAAGCGGCGAGUUCGGGGAGACAACUCGGUGGGAACCGGCUCGUGGAUGGUUGGGAGUCCACUCAGAGCUGUCGCGAGAAGCGAAAGGCUUUGCUCCGGGAGAUCGAGCUUCUUCACGUGUUCGGCGACGCUCAUCGGGGCAGUCCAAGCGACAAAAAAGCCGUGGCGCCACUGCUUCGUGCGUGCCAGGCCGGAGAUGAGGCCGUUAUCAAUCUGCUCCUCGAGGAGAAUCCAGACAUGAAUGAAACUGAUCUCGACGGGAAUUCCUCGCUUCACUGGUGCCUCAGAGUUGGUUCUAGUUCGCAGGAUCCAAGGAUUUUAUGGCUCCUGCUGAAGCACGGUGCCAGAGUAUCACACCGGAACAAAUUAGGACUGACACCGGUUCAUGUUGCCGCUGCUAAGGGCAAUUACCAGGCACUUCAGAUACUACUGCUUCACGCUCCAGAAUGCGUAGAUCUUGCCUCUGAGACGAAAGAAACACCACUAUUUUUUGCUGUGAGAAACGGGUUCAUUGAUUGCGCACAGCUCCUCUUGCGUUUUGGCGCCAACAGCCAGGCCUUCAAUCUUCGAAGGGAAAGACCUAUAGACAUGGCCAAGUCACGAGACAUGCACUUCAUUCUAAGCCCCACCAGUCGAGGAUUCCGGAAACCUUCCAGCCUCACGAAUGAAAAUGUUCUUUCUCCAGAUGAAUUUGUGAUGCAUGAAGAGAUGUAUGAAUUAGAAGUCAAGGAUGAAGCUGCAGCCACCGAAAGCAGACCAAGCUCCGGUCACUCUCAGCCGAAAACAGGGAUUUGCCGGUACCAUGAAUCUCAAGGUGGGUGUGUUAGAGGUGCCAAAUGCUACUAUGCCCAUGGGGAGGGUGAGCUUAAAGGAGUCGUGUGCUGCUCGCACGGACUCAAGCAGGCUCCCUUUAAGUUUGUAACCAAGCUACCAAAGGACUUCCGUCGGAAGGUUUUCAUAGGGGGUCUCCCGCCCUCUGUUGACUCAGACUAUCUCAAGGAAUUCUUUGCUGCGGAGUUCGGACCUGUAGAGGAGGCUGUCGUCAUUGGCAUGCAGGCAGGUGACCAGGUGCAGUCCAGAGGGUUUGGUUUCGUCACCUUCAGACAAGAGGCAACAGUGGCAGCUGCAUUAGAAACCCACUUUGUCACCAUCUUUGGCAAGAAGGUUGAGAUCAAAGGUGCUGUUGCUAAAACAACCAUACCAAAAGAGUCUUCCAAAACCCCUUCUUUGCAACUGCAGCUCCUUCAGGACCAUGAUAUGAGGAAUACAAAGUCAGCAUCGUGGGAAGAGAGGCUACCAUCUAGUUCGCCAAAAAACGAAGCGACUGAUCAACAAAUGGCAAAGCCAGAUGCCCAACUGUCUGAUCAAAACCUUCCUCCAUGGUUGUCAAAGUUCAGGAAGUGGCUACCAGUUUUCCUCAAGGAGGCAUCUAGGCGUCUGGGGGAAGGAGAAUGGUAUCCUCUAUCCUCCCUGAAGGGGGACUUCAGGGCAACUUGUGGGAUGGAGCUCGACCAUGCCUCACUUGGCUUCCUGAAGCUCAGCGACUUCAUGCGUGCUCUCCCAGGUAUUUGCAGGAUGAGGGUGGUGCCCGUAGGCGCUGGCCCUGCGACUCACAUGGUUCUCCUCCCAUCUUUCUCUCGGCCCCACCACGAGCUGCUCUCACCUUCAGCCCAGCUGCAGCAGCCCCUCCUAGUCACAGAUACACAGGUGUCCCCUAGAGUUCACCAUCCGCCACUGAACUUAGCUGAGCUCCCAAAUUCCCCUUCCAUCUCUGAAUUCAGUGAGGACGCGACUUGGCUCAUGGAAAGCCAGCCAUUGGAGAAGGAUUGUAUUGACAGUAUAGGCUCUGAUGAGAGAGGUGCUAACAUUUCUGGGAGGGAUCUCUUUGAUCCAGGAUUCCUAAGGCCAGGAUACACGAGCUCAUCCAAUGUAGAGUAUAUGAUUCGGAUACCACCAAAGGGUGGCCGGGUACCACCAAUUCAGUUACCAAAUUUGAGCCCCGGUAGCAGUGACACACCCUUCACUACUUACUUUCAGAGACAGUGGGACCAUGGUUUGCUUGAACGCGGUUUCUGUGUUGUCUGCCAAUCCCGGGAAGGCUCCUUGGCGCUUGUGCCCUGCCUUCACAAGGCAUGUGAAGCUUGCAUGGCGACGCGUACCCCUAGAACAUGUGUGAUUUGCAAUGCUGUUGUGCGUGGGUUCGAGCCUUGCGCCCAUCCUGGCAUCAACCUAUGCAAGCAUCCGCCAUCAGACCCAGACUACCCACCUCUGCAGAGAAUGGGUGGAAGAAGUCCAUCUCUCCACCACAGCUUGGUGCCAACUCCCUCAAGCCUCAGAGCAAGGCCAACUGCUGGAGUCUCCACGUGCCAAUUCAAAUUUGCUUGCCAAGGGGCCAAGGCAACGGUUACCUGCUUACCAUGCGCAGAUCGUAUUGCAUGCCGCCGGUGUGUACCAGACCUAAAGACGGUGCCGAAAACAUGUGCUGCUUGUGGCCAUGCCGUGGAGAGUUUAUUAGAGUUUGUUGACGGGUAGAGGCAUCGUUUUAUUUCUACCCAAUUUUGCCACAUGAAAUGGGAGCUUCUGGUAAGCUUGUGGAGGGGAACGAACUAACUCCUCCAAUUUUGGCAAUGCUUCCGGAGUCUUUCAUUUCAUGUUUCUUGCAUUAUCCUACACCUAUUAGACUUCAAAUUUUACUAAAACAAGUGACUCGGUA